UUGUGGUUCAUCUUAUGCUCUGUCUCAGAGCUUGUUGUCUGAAACCACUUUUAGGAUUAUUUUAUUUAUGUAGAUUUGUGAUGAUUUCUCUUCAAAAAAUCCUGAAUGUGUUUAUCACUCUGUCUCUGCUGAACAGCCCUGCCUCCACUAUGGAGCGAGUACCUCGGCUCAGUCUAUGGGGGGAGGUGGCUGACUUCACCCUCGAGUGCAGCCACUGGAUACUAAAGCCUCAGGUCUUCAUCCCCGCCCUGCAGGAGUUCACUGUCUGCUUCAACCUGAAGUUAGAGGAAUGGGCUUCCUCACCAUGGACAGUCUUCAUGUACCGUCAUCCUGAGGUUCAGUGUGCUGAGCUGGGCUUGGGGGGAAAGAGGGAUCGUUUAAUGGUCUGGCUGUUUGGAACGAAGUGGACUACCCCUCGGAUCAACCUUCGUCUGUCACAGUGGUACUCGCUGUGCCUGACCUGGACACAUACUAAAGACACACCUGCCCUAUACGUGAAUGGCAACCUAGUGGACAUCAUGGCAGAUACAACUCCCUCCAUUUCCCCCUCGUGCUACCAACUGGCCCCCAAUGGAACACUUACUCUGGGUGCGGCACACCUCCUGGGCAAAUUAUCUAUGUUUCGGCUAUGGGGGCGAGAACGCAGCAAACAGGAAGUGACUUCACUAAAAUGUACAGAGGGGGAUCUGGUGAAGUGGAAGAGAGACAACUGGGACUCUCAGAAAUGUGAUCCGCUUCCGGAUUCCAGCCUGCAGUGUGAAUGGUCCGUUUACGAAGUGAGACUGAAUUUUGCUAUCUUCCGAUACGAUGGGAACACCACUGAGUGCUACACAGCCAGAGACAUCGCACAUAACUGGCUCAGAGAGGUGCUGCCGACCAGCAUCUAUUUACACAGAGUGUCUGUGUUUGAAGUGACCAGAUCCAGUAAAGACGACAGCCUUGUAAAAACAUCACAUGAAGACAGGCUGGUACGGUGGGCUCCCCCUAACAACAGGUUUGACUGCCUGGUUCAUGUAAGCGUUAUCCCCAGCUUGGAUGUGGCAGCUGUGCAAAAUGAGAUGUUCACGGACCUUCGGAUUCCCUACAAUGACCCCAGUGGUCUGCUACGGCUGCUGGCUGAUGCAAACAGCAUACACACCACACCUGUUGAAAGUUUUGCCACCACCACCAUCAGGCCUCCUGAUGUGGUGACAGAGCCCUCUCCAGUCACAACCACCACAUUUAAAGCCACAACAUCCAUUACCACUACUGGCACCACCACAAGUCCCUCUACCAGUGCAGCCACAGCCACCACUUUUACACCAAGCCCAGCAAAUAUCUCUGAGCUGUAUUUUGAGGUUAAGGUGAAUGUUUCCAUAACAGGAGACUGUGACGCAGAACAGAUUCUUUCCACUUGGCUUAACGCCAGUCUACCUGAUGACACGAUGAUGGUGCUUGACCUCCAGCUGCUCCCCAAAGCUCAAAGACAUCUUCCUAACCUGCAGUCAAACGUCUCUGCCUCUGAGGAAGUGUUCAUAUACAGAGUCUUAAGAGAGAGCUGUAUUUUCCAGGUUCAGGUUAUGAUGUCGCUGUCAGACACACAGAAAAUGGAAGAGCAGAUAAGAUACCUGCUGCUAACGCCUUAUAACAACGGAUCCAUCUCCAUAGUAACUGAGGACAUACAGAUAAGCCGCAUACUGAUAUUUAAAUGCAACGCAGAAACCCAUCAGACGAGGAAAGGCCUGUUUGAGUGGCCCACCACAUCAGGAGGAAAAAAUGCAACUUGGCCAUGCCCAAAAAACCCUCACCACUACGCCACCCGAGCGUGUAAGCUGUGCCACAGUACCCACUGGAUGGUCCCAGACCUGGAACACUGUUCUCUAGUGGUGGAAACCAUCCCUGAUCUGGACCACGUCAAAGUCACUCCUGAGAAUGCACUGGAUGUGGUGGAGAUGAUUGAGGGAUUACUAAGCAACCACUCCACACUAAACUACCAGGAGCUGGUCACCGUCCUCAACAAGCUGGAGGACGUGGUCAACCUCAGUGUGGUCACACCAAACUUGGGCCAAGCUCUAAUCAACAUCAUCUCGGACAUACUGGAAUCUGACAGCAACCUGUUGCCUUUUACUAACACCAUCCUAAAUAUCACAGAGGCAGUGGGAGACAAGAUGGUGGGCUACGAGGGCUCCUCCACCCUGGUUGCUCAGGCCAUUGCUAUCUCAGUGGUGGAUGUAGUUCCCGGACAGUUUGGCAGUUUGACUUUCGGAGUGUCAUCUGACCGCGCUGGCACAAAGCCUGAGAUUUUCAUCAACAGGUUUCCCUUCAACAGCACAGUGGCGUUCAUCUCUCUGCCAUCUGUCCUGCAGCACAGCUUCCCACAGAACAGCUCCAACCAGAGAGCACCAAGGGUUACGUUUCAGUUCUACGGCAUCCCGAUGCUCUUCAAGAGCAGCCAAAAGGGGCAGGCCCUCAACACCUUUGUGGUGUCAGCCAGUGUGACCAAUGCCAGCUCUCCAAUCAAAGACCUAGAGGAAGAUGUCAAAGUCACGCUUCACCAUCUUAUACCCAAUACACUUUACAAGGACGUACAGUGUGUGUACUGGAACUUCAAUAAAAACAAUGGACAUGGAGGCUGGGAUGAUUACGGCUGCAGAAAAUACAACAGCAGCUCUGACUACACAACAUGCCUAUGUGAUCAUCUCACACACUUUGGAGUUCUUCUGGAUGUCUCCAGGACCCAGGUGGACCCGGCUAAUGAGCAGAUCCUGACCAUUAUCACCUAUGUUGGUUGUGGAGUCUCAUCAGUGUUCUUGGGAAUCACAGUUCUCACUUACACAGCUUUCGAAAAGCUUCGUCGAGACUACCCCUCUCAGAUACUCAUCAACCUCUCCUUGGCGCUGCUGGGUUUAAACCUGGUGUUUCUGGUAAACUCCUGGCUGUCCUCUUGGGGUCUAUAUGGCCUCUGUGUGGCUGUAGCAUCCACGCUGCAUUAUUUCCUCCUGGCAUCAUUUACCUGGAUGGGAUUAGAGGCUGUUAACAUGUACUUUGCGCUCGUCAAAGUCUUCAACGUCUAUGUGCCCUCUUACAUCCUCAAGUUCUGUGCUCUGGGAUGGGGGAUUCCUCUGGUGAUCUGCAUCCUGGUGCUCAUCGUGAACAGGGAGGCAUACGGCAGUCACCUCUACACAGAUGUAGAGUCUAGCUUAGAGCCAUUGGACAACUCUGACAACUUCUGUUGGCUCCAAGACGAUGCAACAUUUUACGUGUCAGUGGUUGCCUAUGCCGUGCUCGUCUUUCUCCUCAACAUUGCGGUUUUUGUGGUGGUUCUGAUCCAGAUUCGCCACAUGCGAGUCAACAGCCCAGCAGGGACUCGCAGUGGACUGAUGCAUGACCUGAAGGGAAUUGCCAGUCUCACCUUGUUACUAGGACUAACAUGGACUGUUGGGUUCUUUACCUGGGGACCCGCCAGAGUAGUUCUGCUGUACCUUUUCUCUGGACUCAAUACCCUGCAAGGACUUUUCAUCUUCCUCUUCCACUGUCUGAUGAAGGAAAAUGUCAGGAAACAGUGGAGGAUUCACCUCUGCUUUGGACGUUUCCGACUUGAAGAGUAUUCUGAGUGGAGCAACUCGGCAUCAGUUGGAAUCACGGCCAAACCCAGAUCCAAUCCUCCAAGAGCAUCGGUACCAUCGGUCCAUUCGGUCAAGUCCAGCUCCACAAACAGCACAUCAGCUUCCUCAGACUCAAGCCAGAGAGACUCAUCCUGCAAGAGACCAAACCUGGGCCUUUUUGUGAAUUCCCUGGCUCUCCCUCGAGCCCAGAGAAGCCCCUCAGGUACAGGAGAUCUGCCUUCCCAGAGGGGGAUGAGAUCGACACCUGGCUGGAGGAAUCACUUGCUCAGCCAGCAAGAACAAAGAUAAAACGCACAGGACAUACGUACAUAUGCAUUUGCAUACAUACACAUGCAGAUACGCAAAUCCCACAAACUGUUAUGAAAAGCUUUAAAACUGAAA